UCCUUCUUAGAUAUCAUUUUAUCUAUUAAUACUAUAAUUCUAAUUUAAAGUAAUUUUUUGGUGAAAUAAUUCAAUAAUUUGUUUUCAUAAGUGCUCGGUCAAGCUUGACCGAGUCCUUGAGGACUAGUUUUAUGAACAGCGGAUUUCUUUACCAGCAAAACAAAAUGGCRRUAGGUUUGUAUAAAAUYGUUCAAACUCUUAUCCCCUUUCUWUUAUUUUUAUACGAACAGAAGCCAUUGAAAAGCGUAGAAAACUGCAAAAGUAGCUAGAUGAAUCCUUGCUUUUGCAAACUUGGUGGUCUAAGAUAGACUCAAGAUGGCGGAACAAAAAAUUUAUCACGAAAAACAAAGCAGGAUGAUGUGUGCUGUUCAUGCUCUGAAUAACCUUCUUCAGGACCCGAGCGCCUUCACUAAGGCAUCUAUGGACAAUAUCUGCUACAAUUUGAGUCCUGAUACUUAUAUUAAUCCUCAUAAGAAUCCUCUAGGUUUGGGGAACUACGAUGUGAACGUCCUGAUGGCAGCUUUGUCUUUGAAAGACUAUGAAACUAUUUGGUUUGAUAAGAGAAUAUCUCCUAACUUACUAUACUUUGAAAAAAUCUUUGGGUUUAUAAUAAACAAGCCAUYCAGCAUGAACAUAGUUGGUAUGAGUCUGCCGAUCAAAAGGCCUCACUGGUUUGCUGUUAGAAAAAUAAGUAAAAUAUUUUAUAAUCUGGACUCCAAACUUUCUGAGCCAAGUGAAAUCGGUCCAGAGGACAGCGAUAUUGAGAAGUUUUUAGCAUCACAAAUACAGGAUAAUUCACAAACAGAAAUUUUUAUUGUUGUGGAGAAAGAAAUUUAUGAAAGCAAAGGUUGGAAAAAGAGUGAAAGUUAAAACAUUGGAGUUGAAAAUCCUAUAUUUUCUUGGCUGUACAAUAUAGGGUGUUUGCAUGAUGGCAUCAUUUGACUCUCACUACCAUAACUCUUAGCACAUUUCCUUUCUUAUUUAAAUCUUUAUUCCCUCAUGAGAAUAGUAAGACAGUUGGUGCUAAUAGACGACUUGCACUAACAGGUUAUGUGACCCUAUCUCACUUAAAACAAGCAGCUGGGUCAAAAUGAACAUCAGGAAUGAAAAGAGYACUUUGAUAUUAUUAGGGUGGCAGAGUUUAAGCUCAUAACAAAUGAAAAAGGAGAAAUAAUAUUUCAAACACGUGAGAGAGUUCUUCCUUCGAUUUCCAAACACUGAAAAGUGAGUUGAAAAAAYG